GCCACUUAUUUUCCUCUUGCUCUGUCUUGGUAAUAAAAGAGACGCAUCUUCACAAUUAAAAACCAUUCGUUGAGUUAAAUCAAUCCAUUGAAUGAUCUACUGACUGAGCAUAAUGGAUUGCAAUAAAAACUGGUACACAUUUUUGGUAGUGCUGCUUGUGCUUUUUGGCUGCAUCACUGCUGCGACUGGUAACUAUCGUCGUCCUACCAAAGUUGGUCUCAUAUGCUGUGAGGCAGUGUCCAAAGCAUUCAUACCAAAUCACAUAAAGCUUACUUCAUACAAGCGCCAGAAUGCCCUAAAACCUUGCGUUGAGGCUGUCAUAUUUUUCACUGAGAAUGAAAAAUAUUGCUCUGACCCUUCAGCACGCUGGAUCCAAAAGAAAAUAAAAGGUUUGACAGAGAUCAAGGAAUGAAAAUGUGACCCUGCCACAUCCUACUGACUGCAACAGAUUUUAUAUACAUUUCAAAACAUGGUUGCUUUAAUUUUGUUUAACAGUUUUUGUUAAAUUCAGUUCAGAUAUUUUUUACAUUACUAAUAAAUGUGUGUGUGUGUGUGUGU